CGUUCGCUCUGAUUGAUGACACCUUGCUUUCCCGCCCAUUCAAGAUGCAGAGCGACGACGUUAUAUGGUCUGUUAUUAACACACAAUUCUGCUCGUACAAAGUCAAAACUACCACGCAGAACUUCUGCAGAAACGAGUACAAUGUGACGGGUUUCUGUACACGCCAGAGCUGUCCGCUGGCCAAUUCAAGAUAUGCCACAGUACGAGAGCAUGAAGGCGUGCUAUACCUGUACAUCAAGACUAUUGAGCGCGCACAUUCACCCAAAAACAUGUGGGAGAAGAUACGGCUAGCAAAUAACUACUCUACCGCCCUUGAACAAAUCGACAAGGAGCUCAUUCACUGGCCAAGUUUCCUAAUCCACAAAUGCAAGCAGCGUGUAACGAAAAUCACGCAGUACCUCAUCAAAAUGCGCCGCUUGCGGCUACGACAAGAACCUAAGCUCGUCGGCGUGAAGAAGAAGCUCGAGCGGCGCGAGGCAACACGUGAACGCAAGGCGCUGUCCGCUGCGAAGCUUGAGCGUAGUAUCGCAGCCGAACUGCUCGAACGCCUCAAGUCGAAGGCGUACGGCGACGCCCCGCUGAAUGUGAACGAGGAGGUAUGGCGGCAGGUGCUCGACCGAGAGAAGGCGGAUAAAGAAGGCGUCAAGCUUGAGGACGAAGAGAGCGAGGAGGAAAACGAAGAAGAAGAGAUGGAGGAGGAAGAGGAGGGCUGGGGCGAUCGUGAGUUCGUGAGUGAUAUCAGCGGGGACGAGGAUGGGCUCAGUGAUGUGGAGGAUGCCUUCUCGGAAGACGAUGGAUCGGACGAGGAAGAGGGGUCAGGCGAGGACAAAGACGAGCCUUCAGAGGAAGAGGACUCUCCAAAGGGCAAGGGUAAGGUCACGCUCGGCAAGCGGAAAGCACCUACGAGGCCAUCAAAGCCACCGAAGAAGAGGCCGGAGAAGAAAGCGCGGCGGGGACCUCGUGUGGAAGUGGAGUACGAACACGAGAUGGAGACGACACCCCUCACAAAAGAGGCGUUGGCAAACUGGUAGCAGUACUACUUCACUUGAUGUCGUUUACAACCUUCGCAUUUCGUGUCCAUACCCAACACAUCUUUCUCUGCAAGAGCGACCUUAACGCAAGAACUAAUAGUAUGCA